AGUUAGUCGAGCCCUGGCUUCUUCACAGCGCACAGCAAACAAAAUAUAAAUAAAAAUACAAACAAGAAAGGGAAAAUAUUAAUGGAAAUUUCGUCGCAUUUGACGGUCGACAUUUUGAAUUUGAAUUAUUGUUAAUGUUUCGUUUGUACGAGCUAUACACGCUAUAUCUGAAGAAAAUGUCUAGCUAUGGAACAUCGCCGACCUGGUGCCUCUGCGAGAAGCUGCCUCGCUCCAUCCUCCACAUAUCUCCGCCGCCGGAGCUGUGGUGCGAAGUGUGCGGAAGGCGUCGUCGUCCGCGCGCCUACCUCAGCUCCUCCAGCGACGAGGAGGAGAAGGCAGCGGUGCGCCAGCGAAUGCUGGCCGAGCGUCGCCGCAGCGAGGAGGCGCGCCACAGCUCGGUGCGUGUGAAGGUGGCGAUGAGCGCCAAGAAGCCCAAGUCCAGGCGCAAGGCCAAUUGCUUGAAGUGUGGCGGAGAGCGCAAGCCCUCAGUAGAUGAAGCAGCAGCAGAAAAGCCACAGCAGGAACAGCAGCAGGAGAAAGAGCAGCCGAUGAAAACCAAAUCCAACAACAAGAACUCCAACAAGAACCACAAACUAUACAUGGGACGCUUUGGCCAUUACCGUAAGCCGCAGCGCUUGCAGCGCAAGCAGGAUGAGGGUGCUGCAGCCGAGCCGAAGCAUGCCGAGAUUAAGCCCGAGCUGACGGCACCGCCGCCACCGCCGCCAUCCCCACCGCCGUCCCCUCCAGUCAGCGCCGCCAAGGCCUGCGAGUCGCUGUGGGAGCAGCCCACCGAGGAUAUGCCCAAUCUGGUGGCAUUUGCGCACGAGGUAUUCAAUCGACCCGUGCAUCUGCGCAAUCAUCAGCCCAGCUUCUAUGACAAUCUGUUUGUCAGCGAUUUCAUACCGCUGGACAAGCCGAUUACGGACACAUCCGGCGGCGCCAUAUCCAAGCGCCGUCGACUCUUCGGACGUCCGCUGCGCACCCACUGCAGCCGUCCGCUGCCGCCACUGUCCCAGGUUCUGUCCGAGAUCUUGGCCAAGCAGAAGGUGCGCGCCAAGGGCGGCGGCCUGCCGCCCAAGCAGGAGGAGACCAUCGGGAGCAGUUUGGCCACCCAGUUCUCGCCGUUCGAAGUGUACGAUGGUCCGUCGGAGGAUGCCCUGGUCGUGGAGAGCGCCCGCCUCAUGCUGCGCCAGCCCAGGGCGUUGCAUAUCAAGCAGCGCGCCGAUCUGCCGCCUACACGGCUCUCCAGCUUCGAGUCGGAGCCGAGCAGCGACUGUUCGUCGUCGUCGCCCUUCGAUGUGCCCUCGGCGCCGCCAGCCGAGCGCCCGCGUCACAAUUAUAGUGUGGGCGCCCCUCUGCGGCUGCACGAGAUGAUGAAGGCGGUGGCCCAGUCGGGUCUAUCCGACAGCAGCGCCUCCAGCAGCAGCACAAGCAGCAGCAGCCACAAGAGCGUCAGCUCCACACUGCCCGUGCUUCAGCAGUCGGUGCGCAGUCGCGGCGGCGAGGAGCCGCCCUACGUUGAGGAGAAGCCGCCGGCCCUCGUCGAGCCAGAGACGGUGCCAAUGUCGAUAAUUGAGAAGCUCCUGUGGCUAAUGGAGCAGCGUCCGGGCGCAGGGCCCGGGUCGGCCAACCCCCUGACUGACGACGCUCUGCACCUGCAGAAGAGCCUGAUUGACAAGCAGGAGGAGGAACACAUCGGGAGCGCUCACACAGAGUCCGUCAAGGGUCUGCUGCAGUUCAUGGAAAGCCUGCAGAUCAGCGAUCCCAACGACAGCGACGAGACGCGCUCCGAAAUCCUGAAGAAUGACGCUGACCAAGAGUUCAAGCUCCUAGAAAAGUCCAUGGCGACCGAGCUACUCCAACCACCAAAUGACAUGUCAAACGAAUUGCCUUUAAAUUCCACAAAUAAAUCAGCAGCUGAUGAAAAGUAUCCGAGCAAAGUUUACUCAACUGAUCAGAACAGGGCUCGGCUCGAGCGGGGGGGUUCGGCGCCACCGAAGGCGGGGCAGAGCCCAUCCAACAAUCGCAACUCGAUGUGGUCUCUGCUUGGUGGUCUCUUUGCAAAAAAUAAAAAACUGAGGGAGAGCUCAAGGCUGGAUGAAAAGAAGCCACUGAAAACUGCCGGCAAAGUGCACUACGGAGCCAUCAAUACCAACGAGACGUCCAAAGAGCUGCCUCCCAGAAAUCAGAGCUGCCAAAAAUGUGGCUUAAAUCGCAAGAGUAAAAAAAAGCUGAUGAAUGAGAAGAGCCAAGUCAAAGCAAAGAGUUGCCAAGGCAUGCAUAAGCCUAGUUGUCGGCUACAUUCAGCAAUGGACUCCUGCGGCUCGCGAACUAGUUCGAAAACUCAAAUGGAACCAAAAUCAAAACCCAAUCAAACCCAGCCAAAUAUUAUUAAGGACAAGCAGCCUGAAGAAGACUUCAGCAUUGAAAUUGCUGAUGAAUCAGCUCAUGGAUCCAGCUCAAAAGGUGAACCAGUUCCAUUUCCAACGCCGUCCAAUUCAACGGUAACUGGUUCCACGCUUUACGAAUCGUGCUUUGGCCUGGAAACGCCGACAAGCCAGCAGCCCGCACCUGAGCUCCGAUACCAGAUGCUGCGGGAACUGUUGGACGUCCUUAAGGAGAAGUCACGCCAGAGUCAGCCAAAAACAUUUCAUGUUGUAAAGACCAUGUCAACGCUUCAAUAUGCCAGCAGUGAGAUCAUCAGGCCCAAGAUGUUGGCCAGCAUCACGCCGCGCACCGGACGAUUGAAGCAGUAUAUCCUAAGUCCGGCUAUUGGCAGGUGUCCACCUGCCUCGGGCAUCUACGAGUUCCGUACUCCAGAUAUACGACCACGACAAAAGCUGAACGAGGAUAACACUAAUAUAAUUAACUUGGAAGCGCUCUUUACACCUGUCGCCCAUACGGCAAGCACUACGCCUACUGACGACUCCUCGGCAAGAAGUAGAGUCCUCGAGCGUAAGAAAAAAUUUUACCAACCCGUGUGGCCAGCCCAUCCGUUCAGGCACAGGACCCACAGGCGCAGCAUUAAAUUCGAAGCUGUGCAGCUGCAAAUUGACGAAUCAGUGGAUGAAGUUCAUUUGAGAUCCAGUAAGGAAUUCACAUCCGAGGAGCGGGAAAUGCCGAAACAGCAAAAGAAAAAACACCGAGAUAUGUGGAUAGUAGAUGAAGCAGUGCAUCAGAAGAUCGCGGAAAUGAUGACCAAACCCAUACAUCUCUUAACUCGGAACGAUAAAACGGAAAUCAUAACACAAUAGAUGAGAAUAUCAGAUAUA